GAUGAUUCUGGUGACAUUCUUGUGUUUACGUGCAAUUAUGUAUUUUUCUUUCUUUAUCAAUUCACGUGAUAAAUUUCCCCAAUGUAACACGAAUAAGUGAGAGACACUGCGUUUAGUUUUCACACUAGUGCAGCGGACAGCCAGAUGGACAAUCGAGUCGCCCACUUCUUGGAGCAGUCAUAUCAUCAGCCAUACAAGACCGAAUGUAAGGAGCAGACAGAUAUUUCCUGUGGAAUCAGGAAAUCCAGUAUUAGCUGUGCAGGCUGAAAAAGCCAGUGUUUUUGUACCAUUAUUGGCUAGCUCUCUUUGUCUCGUUUUUUUUUAACCUUAACUUUCAAGUGUUUUAUAAUGUCUCAAGAAAACGUAAAAACUGGCCCCACCAACAGAUCAGGAAAUGUCCUUCAGAGUAAUUCUUGGAGUGAAGGUCCAGAAAGUGGAGAGGAUGAUGAACGUACACUACUGAACAACGAUACUCGUGCAAAGCCAAGGGAACCUCAAACUGAGGCUUUCCAGCCAAACAUGUGUCACGCAACCAGAUAUAUGGAAGAAAGGAUGCGCAGGAGGUUGCGAUUCUUCUUCAUGAAUCCCAUCGAGAAGUGGCAAGCUAAGAGCAGAUUUCCGUACAAGUUUGUAGUGCAAGUUAUAAAAAUAGUCUUGGUUACCGUGCAGUUGUGCUUGUUCGCGCACAACAAUUAUACGCAUGUGAAUUACACCUGGGAUAACAGAAUCACCUUUUCGCAUCUCUUCCUUCGAGGCUGGGACGCCACUCAGGAAGUACCAGCAUACCCACCUGCCACGGGACCUCUUGCCCUCUACAAACAGGACGAAUUUUACGAAACAAUCGAUUACGCCCUCAAAGGGUACUACAAUAUCGGCAACGCGAUCGGUUCGUACUCCUACACUGCAGAAGACAAUUCGGUCGGUGUUGUCGUUUUAUGUCUGCAUCACUACGAAGAGGGUAUAAUAUUCGCCUAUAACGAGAGCUACAUAUUCAACAGCAAAAUCGUAGAGAAGUGCAUAAAUAUAACGAAGCAGGAGGAAGAGACGGUAACUUCGAAGCUGCUGAUGCAGCAGAACAAAAUCCCGGUCAACUUUUCGGCCUUGGUGAAAGCGGAGCUGAAGUUCGACGUGAAGACCGUAAAUCUGAAAGCUGCAGGGCCGAUCACACCUCCCGACUGUUACCGAUUCAGGAUAAAGAUACUCAUGGACAACAAGGACUUUGACGGUCAGAUGCUGCUGUCGUUGGAUGCCGAGCCCGUGAGAUUGGUGUGCAAGGAUACCCAGUACAUAACCGACAACCAAAUCGAGUCGGCGCUGAGGACGUUGCUCAACCUGCUAGUCAUCUUUAUUUGCAGUCUGUCGCUGGGUCUCUGUUCCCGAGCCAUCUAUCGAGCUCAGCUGCUCAAGUUCGAGACCAUGAACUUCUUCAAGAAGGUCUACGGCACGUCGCUGAGUCUCGAGGGCAGGCUCGAGUUCCUGAACCUCUGGUACGUGAUGAUCAUCAUCAACGACCUGCUGAUCAUAAUGGGCUCGGCGAUCAAGCAGCAGAUCGAGCGCAAGCAGUACGGCAACGACCACUGGAACCUUUGCAGCAUCUUCCUGGGCACCGGCAACCUGCUGGUGUGGUUCGGCGUCCUGCGCUACCUCGGCUUCUUCAAGACCUACAACGUCGUGAUCCUCACGCUGAAGAAGGCCGCGCCAAAGGUCGCCCGUUUCCUCAUCUGCGCCAUCCUCAUCUACGCCGGUUUCACCUUCUGCGGCUGGCUGGUCCUCGGCCCCUACCACAUGAAGUUCCGCUCGCUUGCCACGACCUCCGAGUGCCUCUUCGCCCUGAUCAACGGAGACGACAUGUUCGCCACCUUCUCCAUCACAUCGUUCAAGUCGCCGAUGCUCUGGUGGUACUCGCGCAUUUACCUCUACACCUUCAUCUCGCUCUACAUCUACGUGGUGCUCAGUCUCUUCAUCUCCGUCAUCAUGGACGCGUACGACACCAUCAAGGUCUACUACCGAGACGGCUUCCCCAAGAACGACCUGCAGAGCUUCGUCUCGGUCUGCACGGACGAAGCCUCCAGCGGAGUCUACAGGGACGAGGCAGACGACGAGCCCAUCCUCGGCGGCCUCUUCGGCAGGAUCUGCUGCUGCUCCCAGCGCAAGAACAAGCCACACAGCGACUUCAGCCCGCUGACGAACUCGAACAGCACCAGCUCGACGAUCGACUCCGUCCAGGUUUGCCCAAGUGCCAUAUGCAUUUGAUGCACGUAGCGUCUGCCGUCCCGCGGCGGGCGGCAGACUACGUCUCUUGUCCACCUGUGACGGACAUCAGCCUUUCUAUAAUUACGGCUCGAUUUGAUCCGCUGUAUGCGUUGGCUGGAUAUUCAAAAUUGUCGCCGCUCGGAUCGCCGCCGCACUAAGAACGAGGGAGAAAGUAAACCUGUAAUUAAACUAGUUGCAGCUUCGAAGGAGCGCCCGCUCUGUUGUAUAGUAUUUUAACAGCCAAAUUUUAACUAUUUAUAUAUUAUAACUCUCACGAACUAUAUACCUAUGCAGUGUUAUACGCAAGCUCAUUGAAAGGCUAUCCAUCCCAACGUGUAUAUAACCGUUCGAGCGCAGCUACGUACCGUCGAUCAAUAGUUUCUGUUGUUUUAAAAUUUCUAUUCGAAAAAGCCGAUUCCUCCAAGUAUAACACGAGUCGACCUAAUCGCAAAGCAGUCGCGAUAACUUUCGCUAUUAUCUGAUAAAGACGAAAUUGAAUGUGCGUAUAUAGGAAAUUUUGUCGUCGCCUAUAUAUGCUCCGAGCGCGGAUAAACGUGCAAAUAGUCGACGGUGCGCGGAUGCGCUCGUCCUAUAUAUAAUAUAUAUAUAUAUAUAAUAUUACAAAGCGAUAUGUGUGUAUACAAUAAUAUCGCUCGGUGUUGUUGUUCGUAUUACUCCGAGCACGCGGAGACUCGGUGUAGCUAGGAAAUUUUAUAUUGCGUACAAAUUUUUUUUUAUCACCAAAAACGUUGUAACUCGAGUAAAAAAUAAUCUCCAAGAUUUAGCAAAUAAAAUGUGUACAUAUAAAUGCAA